CGGGAGCCGAGCGGUGUCGGGCACCGGGGACCGAGCGCAGCCCCGGCCGCGGCCAGCCCGGUCCCCGGCGGCCGCAGGGUCCCCCCGGCCGCCCCCAGCAUGAGCCCCGCCUUGCCCUGCGAAGAGACAGCGCUGGCUCUCUGGGGGUGAGGGCACCCCCAAACAAGCCCUGGAUUUGCAGGACAAGGUGACCGAGGAACCCUACGGGAGCAGGGAGGACCGGGGCAUCAUGGCACACCCCAUCUCAGCCUUCCAGGCUGCUUACAUCUCCAUUGAAGUGCUCAUCGCUUUGGUGUCCGUGCCGGGCAAUAUCCUGGUCAUCUGGGCUGUGAAGAUGAACCAGGCAUUGCGGGAUGCCACCUUCUGCUUCAUCGUCUCGCUGGCGGUGGCCGACGUGGCCGUGGGGGCUCUGGUCAUCCCUCUAGCCAUCAUCAUCAACAUCGGACCCCAGACGGAGUUUUACACCUGCCUCAUGGUGGCCUGUCCCGUCCUCAUCCUCACGGAGAGCUCCAUCCUGGCGCUUCUGGCCAUCGCUGUGGAUCGGUACCUGCGGGUGAAGAUCCCUGUCAGGUACAAGAGCAUGGUGACACCACGGCGGGCAGCCGUGGCCAUCGCCUGCUGUUGGAUAGUCUCUUUUCUGGUGGGACUUACCCCCAUGUUUGGGUGGAACAACCUCAGCAAGAUGCGAAGGACUCAGGAGCUGAACAGCAGCUACACGGAGUUUGUCAUCACGUGCCAGUUUGAGACAGUCAUUAGCAUGGAGUACAUGGUGUACUUCAACUUCUUCGUCUGGGUCCUGCCUCCCCUGCUGCUGAUGCUGCUCAUCUACCUGGAGGUCUUCAACCUUAUCCGCAAGCAGCUCAACAAGAAGGUGUCCUCCAGCUCCAACGACCCCCAGAAGUACUACGGCAAGGAGCUGAAGAUCGCCAAGUCUCUGGCACUGGUUCUCUUUCUGUUUGCGCUCAGCUGGCUGCCUCUGCACGUCCUCAACUGCAUCACCCUGUUCUGCCCAUCCUGCCAGACCCCGCACAUCCUCACCUACAUCGCCAUCUUCCUCACCCACGGCAACUCGGCCAUGAACCCCAUCGUCUACGCCUUCCGCAUCAAGAAGUUCCGGACAGCCUUCCUGCAGAUCUGGAACCAGUACUUCUGCUGCAAAACCAACAAAAAUGCCACCAGCACCACCACAGCUGAGACAGGCAACUAGGAACUGGGAGAGGGCAGAGAGGGGCAUCUGUGCCCACCCAGUCCCCGCCCGGACACCGUUCCUGCUGUCUCAGGAAGGGGUAGCAAGGACCUGUUGGGUCCUGAGUUCAGCAGCCUCCUGCAGUCCUACAGCCACUCCAGGGGGUUAUUUAUCCACAAGCAUUGUACUGUUUGGAUAUUGUAGCCUGCACUGUUCCUUUCUGGUUUAGGAUCUUUUUCUUCCUGAUUGUUUUUGUUUUUCAUUUUUAAGCAUUGCCAAGUAUUUAAGGAGAAAUUGUACAGACAAAUGCUCAGUUUAUCUUCAUGCAAAUAAAGUGAUCCAAACCACCCA